UGCGACCACAUGCGGUUUUGAGCAGAUGUUAGCUGACUGAGAUCAUAUUGCAUUUGUCGAAUGGAUAUGGCGGUUGCGUAGGCUGAUUGUUCGAGAUGAAGCUUGUAUUUUGAUGAUUUCUUAUAUGUAUCAACAGCUUUCUAUGGACAGCGCUGUUUCUAUGAGCUUAGUGAGGGUUAUUGCUAUAUGCCAUUGGCUUGAUAUUCAACGACAUGGGUAACAUCAGCACAAUAAGAUAUACUAUUUUGAGCUAGUAGCCGUUUACUGAAGACAAGGCUCAAGCGAUUAGUUUAAUGGAUAUGUGUCGGCUGUGCCUUCGUAGUAAAAAAAUGGAAAAUAAUGUCGUGUCGAUGGUUUCGCGAGGACUUUGAAAAGCUAAAAAAAACAGUUGCGACACAAAGUAAUCGCUCUGAAUGUGAAUUUGAUUCUUGUGACCUACAAGAUGUAAAAUUUAUUCCCAAUGCUUCAUCGUUCAUGCUGGAAAGUCAGAAACGUGGGAAAGAAUCUCGAACUAAAAAAACAGGUAGGAAAAAAGGAAGACAAUCUGACAUUGAAGAUCAAGUUCAUGAAGAAUUUCCCAUCAUUCCAUCUUAUCAUCCUUCAGGAAAUCUUCAGGACAAAUCAAAUACACUAAACCAGAAAAGGAGAAUUGAUGAUAAUUAUUCAAAUGAAGGCCAUUAUUAUGAUCCGCAUACAGCUACCGGGUUUAGGUUUAGCAUCGGACCUUUAUUAUCAGAGCUUCCUGAACUUCGUGAUUCAUACGAUCAAUUUUGUUCAGCAAUAAAAGAACACGACUUACAAGAUGAAAUAGAAAAAAGAUUGGAUCUAUCUGUUUUCAGUGUAGUUCGUGAUCAUAAAUCUUCGGAGGAGUCUUUUUAUUCCUCUGAUGAGAGUAUUCAUGCGCGCAAACGUCGUAGAAAGAUGGGUUUAGAGCAAAUACAAGCUGAAGUAAAGAACAAGCGAUGGUCAUUGCCCGAGUUUUCGAAGCUUUUGGAAUAUAGCGAGACGUUUCCAGGUUAUUGCAAAGUCAAUUUUCCAGUCAUGGACGAGAUAGUAAACGCUAAACCAAAGGAAAUUACUCGUACAUCUAUUCCAUGUCUCGUUUUAUCUUCACACGAGUCUCCUAAAGAAAACGUUUACAAACCACACGAAUCUGUAUCCAAUGGAAAAACAAUACUUGAUGGUCUAAGUUGUCAUCCAUUUUCUAAUUAUCAGAAUUCGAGUUAUGAUCAUCCAUCUGAUUAUGAAUACUCUGAUAUCUACGAUGACGAUGAUUCCUUUACGUCAUCUCCAAUGCAAAGCCGCAUGUCGCUAAAUACCAUGAAAGAAAAUCCUCAAUCGUCUGAAGACCAGGCCGAUAUCAAGGAUAGCGGAAUUUAUGCUAAUGAUGAUUUCCAUGGUAACGAUUCGUGUAGCGACGUUAGUACAAAUGAUUCUGGUUUUGUUGAUAAAAGCCGUACGAUGGAUAGCCAGAAAGAUGAAAUUGGACUACUUUUUCAUCAUGGAAGUGCUUCAUGCCUAUCGUAUUGAACGUAAAUUAUAUUUACGUAUCACGGUAAUGUAUAUAUUAUACAAGGAGCUAACGGUGGAAUUUACAAAACGGGAUGCAUCAAAUUGUUGAAGGAAUUUACUGUGGAUGAAGAAGACGAACUUUUAUUUUCAAAUUUUACUGAACUUUUAAUGUACAGUUCAUUUGUAUUGACCGGCGUAAUAUAUUAAAUGAUUUUUUGUGGGUUUUA